AUGUUGGGAUUACAAGAAUACGUGGAAUAUCUCAGUGGAAAUAAAUUUGAUUCCUCCUGGGACAGAAACAAGCCCUUUAAAUGUAUACUGGGUAAACAGGAGAUGAUUUGAGGCUAAGAAGGUGAGGUUGUUCAGAUGAUUGUAGGUCAAACAGACAAACUGCUCAUCUCCCCAUACUAUGCCUAUGGUGCCCCCUGGAACCCAGACAUCAUCCCACCACAUGCCACUCUCCACUUUGCUGUGGAGCUUCUAAUGUGGGAAUGA